AUGAAACGAUUCGGCAAUUUAACCAAAGGCCUCCAGGCCCUCAAUCCGUCGUUCAGGCUAGGGCCAAGACGUAUCAGCCCUUCAGCACGCAAUCAGUUUCAGCGCAACUUCUUUACUCAAUCGAAAAAGACCACCACUGGCUCAAGUCUACCUGUCACAAUUGUUGCCGGAACCUUGUUUAUAUGGUGGCUCUACCCAUCCGAUGACUUUGCAAAGCUUUCACCCCCGCGUCAGAAGAGGAGAAGAAAGUACUAUGAUGAUGCCACCGAUGUUGAAGAAGAUGAAGACGACGAAUAUUACGAUGAAGACCAGCCGGAGACAGCGUGGGACAGCUUCGCAAAGCGCAUCGAAAAUGUCACGCUCAUCACUGAGACCGAAUGGGCCGCCUUUUCCGAAAGAGUGGCAGAUAUGAUACUGCCGGAUUGGUCAAAGCUCGUCCCAGGAUAUUUGCGAAAGCUUCAAAGAGAAUUGUCAAUGGCACCAGGUUCCCUGGCAGAUGAGAUCUGGGAAGAGGCCCACGACCCAGCAAUCAAUCCAGAAAUUUCUUACACUGCUCACGUUCGCGUAUCGUCGCAAUUAUGUGAUGAUGAGAAGGAGUUUCUUGCAAGGCGAAAGCGUGUCAUACGAGUUGCCUUAGCCAAGUAUCUUGGGCUCGACGAAAGUGAUAUUCACCCCAACGACGUGCCUACCAUUGCCAUGUGCGGAUCAGGAGGUGGACUACGUGCGCUUGUGGCUGGCACAGGAUCGCUGAUAGCGAGUGAUGAAGACGGUCUAUUUGACUGUGUGACUUAUACAGCCGGUGUCAGCGGAUCAUGUUGGCUACAAACGUUGCUGAACUCGUCUAUAUCCGGCGGCAACCUCAAGAUGCUUCUGGAGCAUCUGAAAAACAGGACAUCGAUUCACAUCGCCUACCCACCCGUUGCCUUCCAGUCCCUGGUGUCAUUACCCACCAGCAAGCCUCUGCUCAGUGGCCUCGUGGAGAAACUCCGGGGUGACCCCAAGGCUGACUUUGGUCUUGUCGAUGUUUACGGGCUACUCCUCGGGGCUCGAUUCUUGGUGCCAAAAGGCGAACUGGGCGUCAAUGAAAGAGAUUUCAAGCUGUCUAACCAGCGGGAAGUCAUUAAACACGGAGACCGCCCACUGCCCAUCUAUACAGUAGUCCGACAUGAGAUUCCUCAGGCCGAUCAGACGAGGUCUGAGCCCACAGAAAGGGAAAAGAAGCUAGCCAGGGAGGAACCAUGGUUCCAAUGGUACGAGAUCACGCCUUAUGAAUUCUUUUGCGAAGAAUUUGGGGCUGGCAUACCUACUUGGGCCAUGGGACGCAAGUUCAACGACGGCAAAGAUGUGCCGCCUGAAACUGGUUUUCAUCUUCCUGAGAUCCGAGUUCCUCUGCUGAUGGGCAUCUUUGGAAGUGCCUUUUGCGCAACGCUCAGUCACUACUACAAAGAAAUCAAACCUCUGGUUCUCAGCAUAUCCGGACUAAGUGGCGUUGACCAGUUUGUGUCCGGCCGCGAUGACGAUUUGAGCAAAGUACACCCAAUUGACCCUGCAACCAUCCCCAACUUUGCCUACAAAAUGAACGGCAAACUACCAGGCACAACCCCCCAAAACAUAUAUGAGCAGGAACACAUCCAGCUAAUGGACGCCGGCAUGUCCAAUAACCUGCCCAUCUAUCCCCUCCUCCGACCCGGUCGAGACGUGGACAUCCUCAUCGCAUUUGACGCCUCUGCAGACAUCAAAACCGACAACUGGCUCUCCGUAGCCGACGGCUACGCUCGUCAGCGCGGCAUCAAAGGCUGGCCACUGGGAAUCGGUUGGCCCAAAGCUGACGAGUCCGUUCAAGAAGCCACCAAGGAGCUCGCCGACGCAGAGGCAUCCUCAUCCCAAGAAGCUGCACAGCGACUCCAACAAGCCAAGCAGGAACAAGAGUCGCGCCGCAGGCUCGCCGGCCCCGCAGCCAAAGACCCCCAAGAAGACGACAAAGAAGCCAAAUACAGCCCUGGGCACGAAGAAGCCGGCGACUUGGGCUACUGCACCGUCUGGGUCGGCACCACGCAAGAGCGUGCCCCAAAUCCUCCUCCACCAGCUACGGCAAUCAACGACACCAACAAGUGGCAACUUUCGCAGCCAGACGCCGGUCUGGCAGUCGUGUAUCUCCCCUUCCUUGCAAACGAAAAGGGACCGGACAUCUCGCCUGGGACAACUGAUUUUCUGAGCACAUGGAACUUUGUAUACACACCCGAGCAGAUUGACAGUGUGGUGAACCUCGCAAGAGCAAAUUACGAUGAAGGCAGGGACCAGAUCCGGUCGACGGUGCGGGCCGUCUACGAGCGAAAGAAGCAGCAACGCGAGCAGGCUGAACGGAAACGUGUCCAAGGACUAGAGAUUCUGAGUAGUUGA